UCAUUAUUUAUUACCAAUAUAGGUUCUAACUUGUAUGCACUUCCGAUCAAUAAAUGAAUGUGUCUGCAAGUUGGACAGUAAAAGAUAUUAAAUGGAGUCUUACGCAGAUGUGAUAGCUAACCAGCCCGUUGUAAUAGACAAUGGGUCUGGGGUUAUCAAAGCUGGUUUUGCUGGAGACCAAGUACCAAAAUACCAUUUCCCAAACUUUGUUGGAAGACCAAAACAUGUCAGGGUGAUGGCUGGGGCCCUGGAAGGGGAAGUCUUUCUGGGUCCAGAAGCUGAGGAACACCGAGGACUGUUGACUGUUAAGUACCCCAUGGAACAUGGCAUUGUUAAAGACUGGAAUGACAUGGAACGAAUCUGGCAGUAUAUUUAUUCCAAAGAUCAGCUACAAACCUUUUCAGAAGAGCAUCCUGUACUGCUAACAGAAGCUCCAUUAAACCCAAGGAGAAAUAGAGAAAAAGCAGCAGAAAUAUUUUUCGAGACUUUCAAUGUGCCAGCUUUGUACAUUUCCAUGCAGGCAGUGCUUAGUUUAUAUGCCACAGGGAAAACCACAGGUGUAGUGCUAGAUUCUGGAGACGGUGUAACACACGCAGUCCCAAUUUAUGAGGGCUUUGCCAUGCCACACAGCAUAAUGAGGUCAGAUGUUGCCGGCCGAGACGUCACCCGAUACCUCAGACUGCUUCUGAGGAAAGAGGGAUACAAUUUCCAUACCUCUGCUGAGCUUGAAAUUGUUAGGACCAUCAAAGAGAGAGCCUGCUACUUGUCAGAUAAUCCCCUGAAGGAAGAGACAGUAGAGGGAGAGAAGUCACAGUACACAUUACCUGAUGGUAGUGUUAUUGAGAUUGGUCCAGCAAAGUUCCGUGCUCCAGAAGUCCUGUUUCGUCCAGACUUGAUUGGAGAGGAGUUCGAGGGUAUACAUGAAGUCCUGGCAUAUUCAAUUCGAAAAUCGGACAUGGAUCUCCGACGAAUGCUCUUCUCUAAUGUUGUUUUGUCAGGAGGAUCAACACUUUUCAAAAGAUUUGGUGAUAGACUGCUAAGUGAAUUAAAGAAAUUAGCCCCAAAAGAUAUAAAAAUUAGGAUAUCCGCUCCACAAGAAAGAUUAUACUCAACUUGGAUAGGUGGAUCCAUUUUAGCUUCCUUAGACACGUUUAAGAAAAUGUGGGUGUCAAAACGUGAAUAUAAUGAAGAUGGUUUGAAGGCAAUACACAGAAAGACUUUCUAAGCGUGCAGAGUGCUAGAGACCGUUUAUUUUAUGAUCAACUCGCACCCACAGAACAAUUGAUGCAGGCAGGGGAAAUGGGGAAAAAGAACAAGUGCUUUUUUUUUUUAUUCUCUACAUCUUGCAUGUAGGUGGAACAUGUAUGGUGUAUACAAUUUAUUUGCAGCAAACUGUAUUAAAUGUUUUAUGGUUGAUGAUGAGCCCUAUUUAUUGUUGAUGCCUACAUGUAAAUGGUAUGCAUCUUUGCCUCAAGAUGUUUGAAAAUAAGGCGCAUUCCAAAAAUCCAGUAUAUGUAUCGUGAUAGCGAGGUGGUCUUCCACAGUUCAUGAAGGUGUCUGCAAGGUGACCUUAAGGUGGUCCAAUAAGAUUAUUGUUGUAAUCCUCAUUUAUUUAUUUGAAAUAAUUGUAUUUGAAACUGCCCUUCAAACUUGCACCAAAAAAAAAAAAGCAAAAUGGUUUUCAAAAUUUUCACAUAUCAUGAAGCUUUUGUGUUCAGUUUUUGUAUUGCCUGUUAAUGUAUUUUCUAUCACAUCUUACUAAAAGUCACCAUUUCAAAUUAUGUACUGGUCAUCUCUCUUUAAGAACAGCACCCAAGUGUUACCUGGACAGUUGGGAGGUCUUUUUCACCUUAUUAAUAAGCAUAUCGCACUAGAAAGGGCAGUUACAAAUGGAAAUUAUGAAAUCGAAACCUUCAAAAUUUAAUAUAUUUAGUGAAAAAUGCAUUUUUAGAAGAAAAGAACUGGGGGGAAAAUUUAAAACCGAUAAUAUUUGAACUCAUAAUUUUCAAGGCUGGUGAUUGCCCAUCAAUAUACUGAACUGGUGAAACAGGUCAAGAAAUAUUUUUCCAAUAUAUCUUUUUCCAUUUAUAACUUGAAAGGAAAUGAGUUUUAUUGUGAUGUGUUACUCAUAUUAAACUAAAUACAUGUAACAGAUUGAUCUAGUAAAUAUGGAGGCUCACAAAUUCUUACCGGUAAUCAAAGCCAAAUCAUUAAAUUACAUGCCUCAUGGUUAGAUUUCAUCGACAUGCUGCAGGGUUCUUGAAGAGAGAGAGACUAGUCCUUUGUUUACACUACAAACGGGAACUUUAGGGGUCACAUGGUUGUUGAGUGACGCUCCACACAUAAGUGCAAUAAAAUGUCUACAGGAAUUAUCUAUUGUGGAAAAUAGUCAAUUUCUUUUUGUACACAAAUUUCAUUGAUGUGAGAUAAAUCAUGACUGAUAACUUUUGUCAUUGAGUUGUUUGAAGACAACACUUGACAAACUAUUUAAUCUGAAAAUCUGUUCUGGGUUGUUGUUUUUUUACUAUAGACUACCAAACAAACAAAAAAAUGCAAAGCAUAUAGCAUAACAAGUCUGGUUAAGUUAUUAUUCAGACAUGUAUUCUUUCAUUACAAAUGUGUUGGUACAAUUCUUGUAAACAACUGUAGAAAUUUUAUGUAUGUAAAUAACAAAGACAACAAAAUGAAUAAAUAUAUUUCAAUCAA